AUGCCCUUCCUGUGGUCUACACAGGACAACCACCCAGACUCAAUCCCACCGAGGAUACGCACUGCCCUCAGAAAGCCUGCCUCCAGCCCGUCUGUCUCUGGGAUGUCCUCUGAAGUGUCCCUGUGUCUGGCAGCCCCAGCCUCCACACCCCUCAGGCCCUGUGUGACGCUGGAGACCGGCAAAGACAGGACUGUUGAGGCACCAGAGGUGUCGCCCAUCUGCACCCCCUCCUCUCUGCCCCCCACCUCCAUUGCACCUGUUGAUGAAGCAGGACCCUCUGAUGUCAGUGACAAGACCACCCCAUGUGGUGCAGCAGCUCCAGCCAGCACUGCCACCUUUACUUUUAAGAUACCAGAGGAGAAGCAGGAAGGCACCGCCACUCUCUCUACCUCCCUCAUCAUUGGGGACAAGGAGGCAGAGAAGACUUUUCCUGCACUUGAUAUCUCUCUCAGCACAGACGAUCCACACAACGACAAACCUGGAGACAAAACCCAUGAAGCCGAUACCCCUAAGGCAUCUUUCACCUUUGGGGCAAUCACCACAGAUGGCGAUAUGACUGAACCAACUUUUGAGUUCAACACAGGACCAUCAUUCACUUUUUCUAUGACCACUAUACCCAGCCAGUGUGGGACCAACAGCAUCAGCAGUUUUGCCCCUGUGCCAGCCUCUGUCCCCAGCACAACCGUCUGCGAAAACCUUUCUGGACACAGUGUCUCCACCAAGCCAGUGACAGCCAAGGAUUCUAUCUUGAAACUGUCACAUGCCAGCAACCUUCAGACCCUCAACCCUCAGAUCAGCACCACAGCCAGCUCCAAUGCUCAGAACUCCACAUCCGGCUCUGCAGGAACCUCAAAGUGCGAAGAAUCAACCUCUUCCUCCUCUAUAUCUGCUGAACCCAGGCCAGACUGUGGCCAUGGAGAGAAGCAGAUUGCUGAGGUGCUGGAAGUGUCACCCACCUGCACCCCCUCCUCUCUGCCCCCCACCUCCAUUGCACCUGUUGAUGAAGCAGGACCCUCUGAUGUCAGUGACAAGACCACCCCCUGUGGUGCAGCAGCUCCAGCCAGCACUGCCACCUCUACCUUUGAGAUACCAGAGAAGCAGGAAGCCACCACCACUCUCUCUACCUCCCUCAUCAGUGGGGACAAGAAGGCAGAGAAGACUUCUCCUGCACUUGAUAUCUCCCUCAGCACAGACGAUCCACACAACGACAAACCUGGAGACAAAACCCAUGAAGCCGAUACCCCUAAGGCAUCUUUUACCUUUGGGACAAUCACUGCAGAUCAAGAAGCAUCUAAGUCCACUUCUGAGGAUAAAACAGAACCAUCAUUCUCCUUUUCUAUGACCACUACACCCAGCCAGUGUGGGACCAACAGCAUCAGCAGUUUUGCCCCUGUGCCAGCCUCUGUCCCCAGCACAACCUUCGUCUGCGAAAACCUUUCUGGACACAGUGUCUCCACCAAGCCAGCAACAGCCAAGGAUUCUAUCUUGAAACUGCCACAUGCCAGCAACCUUCAGACCCUCAACCCUCAGAUCAGCACCACAGCCAGCUCCAAUGCUCAGAACUCCACAUCCAGCUCUGCAGCAACUCCAGCCAGCACUGCCACCUUUACUUUUGAGAUACCAGAGAAGCAGGAAGCCACCACCACUCUCUCUACCUCCCUCAUCAGUGGGGACAAGAAGGCAGAGAAGACUUUUCCUGCACUUGAUAUCUCCCUCAGCACAGCCGAUCCACACAACGACAAACCUGGAGACAAAACCCAUGAAGCUGAUACCCCUAAGGCAUCUUUUACCUUUGGGACAAUCACUGCAGGUGGAGAUAUUCCUAAACCAACUUUUGAGGUCAAGACAGGACCAUCGUUCUCCUUUUCUAUGACCACUACGCCCAGCCAGUUUGGGGCCAGCAGUAGCAGUUCUGCCCCUGUGCCAACCUCUAUCCCCAACACAACCAUUGUGAGUGACAACCCUUCUGGACAGACCAUCUCCACAAAGUUGAUGACAGCCAAGGAUUUCGAGUUCAAACUGCCACAGGACAAUCAAGGAACAUCUAAGUCCACUUCUGAGGUCCAGGGAAGACCAUCAUUCUCAUUUUCUAUGACCGUCACACCCAGGCAGUUUGGGAACAACAGCAGCAGUUCUGCCUCCGUGCCAGCCUCUGUCCCCAGCACAAGCUUUGUGUUUGGACAGAAUGCCUUCACCAAACCAAUGACAGCCAAUGAUUUUGAGUUUAAAUUGCCGCAGGACAGUAAGUGCCUAUAA